ACAGCUCUCACAACAUCAGCACCAUGGCGGCAGCGGAGCCGCGUCCCGGCGCUGAGGAGCAGCGGGAGGAGGAGCAGGAGGAGCAGGAGGAGCAGGAGGCCGCAGCGGGGGAGGCGGCGGAGCAGCGGGGGAGCGGCCCGGGAGAAGCCCGUGUGUCUCAUCGUGCUCGGCAUGGCGGGCUCCGGGAAGACCACCUUCAUCCAGAGGCUGACGGCUCACCUUCACUCUCUCAAAACUCCUCCAUACGUCAUCAACCUGGACCCCGCCGUGCACGAAGUCCCUUUCCCCGCCAACAUCGACAUCAGGGACACCGUGAACUACAAGGAGGUGAUGAAGCAGUACGGCCUCGGACCAAACGGGGGCAUCGUGACAUCACUCAACCUGUUCGCCACGCGCUUUGAUCAGGUGAUGCAUUUCAUAGAGAAGAAGCAGCAGAAUCACCGCUACGUUCUGAUCGACACCCCGGGUCAGAUCGAGGUCUUCACCUGGUCAGCGUCUGGAACCAUCAUCACAGAGGCUCUGGCCUCGUCUUUCCCCUGCGUGGUGAUCUACGUCAUGGACACGUCCCGCAGCGUCAGCCCCGUCACAUUCAUGUCCAACAUGCUGUACGCCUGCAGUAUUCUCUACAAGACCAAGCUGCCCUUCAUCGUGGCCAUGAACAAGACGGACAUCAUCGACCACAGCUUCGCGGUGGAGUGGAUGCAGGACUUUGAGGUUUUCCAGGACGCUCUGAACCAGGAGACCUCGUACGUCAGCAACCUGACGCGCUCCAUGAGUCUGGUGCUGGACGAGUUCUACACCAACCUGAGGGUGGUGGGCGUGUCCGCGGUGACAGGAAGCGGAUUGGACGAGCUGUUCGUUCAGGUGGAGGACGCCGCCGAUGAGUACGAGAGGGAAUAUCGACCCGAGUAUGAGCGACUCCGCAAACAGCUGGUGGAGGCUCAGAGCAAGAAGCAGCAGGAGCAGCUGGAGCGACUCAGGAAGGACCUGGGAGCCGUCCACAUGACCACACCUUCAACAGAGGGAGCUGACAUAGCCGGGCCCAGUGACCUCAUCAUGAUGCGUGGUAACCCUGACGACAGCGAGGAGGAGGAGGAGGACAGCGACACGGACGACAUCGAUCACACCGCAACGGAGGAGAGCAAAGAGGUCGACGCCUUUGGAAUCUUCCUGAAGGAGAGGAAGGAAGUGGUUCAGGUCCGAAACAGAAAUAGUGCGAUGACCUCUGACCCCUGACCUCUGACCCCUGCAGCCUGACAUCCAACUCUGUCUGGAGAAAAGACAUUGACAGAAUGAAGGUGAGGGAAGUAAAGGACCUCAUCACCUGGAACAGAAGUACAGCUCGUUAAUCUGAACUCUGUGAGCUGAACGUCCUGUCAGAUCAGCUGACCCUGUGACCUCACUCAUUCGGUGAAUCUGAUUGGCUGCUCCUCACUGUCGCUCCCUCCCUGAGAAGAAGAAAAAGGUUAUAUUUUUAUAUGAGUAAAGACUCUUCUAUUCUGCUUUUCUUGUGUUUUUCAUUACUGUUGACGUUUGUUUGUAAAAGAGGAUUUAUGAUCUGCAAAAUAAAGGUGAGCUUU